AUGAAAUCCCAGCUUCCAUUUGCCGUGGCUUUUGUGCUCUUGGUUUACAGCCAAUCAUUAGGAAUGGUGCGUGCAGAUUUGGAGGACCAAGAUUUGGUGGACAUCACGUGCUCGAAGACCUACAACCCUGUGUUUUGCACGUCGACAUUAAGGGCGGAUCCGGGCAGCACCAGCACCGACUUGAAGGGCCUUGCCCUUAUAAUGUUGCAUGCUGUGCAGAACAGGACCAAUGAAACUUUUAGGCAUGUGGAAUAUUUGAUCGGGCAGACAAGCGAUCCAGUUAUCAAGGAGAUGCUCAAUGGUUGUAGUACCGAGUAUGGGGUCGCUGCUGUCGUGAGCUGUCCGGAUGCAAUCAAACAGUUUGGUUGGGGCCGUUUCCUCUUUUCUCAGGGCGAUAUGGAUGGCGUUUUCCAUAAUGCAGAGAAUUGUGAAGGGUACUUCAGCUGUGAAGAGGUCGUCACUGAUGGUACCUUUGGCCACUGCGUACCAAAGCCGUCGCCGUUAACUGAUCAGAAUAAUCUUGUUUAUACCCUUGCCCGAAUAGCCGCGGACAUUAUAUCCACCAUUAAUUAG